AUGUCAACCUCCGAGUUUUCAAACCAGGCGUUGAACACCAUCACUGACAAGAUUUUGCUCCUUGUCAAAAGGUCGCAAAAACUCGCAGAAGACAAUCCGGCUGCUUUGACUUUGGCACACAAGAUUGCCAUGAAUUUGGCGUCUGCAUUCUCGCAGCACAGUCGCACCGCCACCACCAUUGUGCUGAUACUCUUGUCCUGCGCUGCUGAGAUCAGGGACAAGAGCCUCAAUGGGAGGUUGAAGGGGCUGCCGGACUGGUCGUCGAUAUCAGAUGAUGACGUCCGCAUCCACACCCAUCCCCUAUACCCAAAGACUCUGGGAUACCAACUCCCACCCGCAUCUACAACUGCGCCGGGACCCAUACCUGUGCCGGCUCCGUCGUCGGCAGAAGUCUCUGUCAAAGAGCAUGCUGCCUUGCCAAUCGUGGCACCUCCCAUCACCGAGAGGAAGCACAACCUUUUUGUGCAAGGUACUGUGACCAAACGGAAGGCCAGCAUGUCAGAAUCCGAGGACAAUGACGUCCCAAAGGUCAUCAUCCGGAAUGCCAAACCGUUGAGCAAGACUCGGUUGGAUGCCGGUAAAGCCCCACCGAGGAAGAAGAUGAAGCCCACACAGGCCAAAUCGAAGAAGGUCGUAGUCGAGGAGGAUUAUGACAACAUCCCAACUCAUGAUGUCAUUUUUAGAAAACCAACAGUUGGACCUAGUAAUCAGCCCUCGAUAGUGCAAGACCGCUUGCUUUCUAAAGCCGAGUCUUCUUCAGAAUCAGACGCCGAGGAUGCCGUCUCUCCUGAAGAGACGUCAUCUGCCCACAUCUUUGGCAUGCCAUGUGAAUGCUGCAUCAAGGACGAUGUUGCUUGCACCGCUGUCCUCGCCAAGAAAUCUGGCAAGCGCUGUCCUUCGAGGCGAAGUCGCCGCACGCAAGGCCAAGGCAGCUGCAGCUGCCGACAAGAAGGCAAAGAAGGCAACAAAGAAGACCGACACACUGGCUUCUUUGCUGAAGUCGAUCAAUUGACCCAAGGUGCCCAUAAGUACACGGCCCAGCCGCAAUCUCCACCAUCACCGACUCCUCAUGCGGAGUCGGACGAGGAUGCUGAUGGUGACAGUGUUCUUGAUGUUGAACAAGCAACAGCUGCACUACUUUCCCUGGCCGUUGCACUCCCAUCAUCUCCUGCGAAACAUGUUAACGCAGAGUCUCGUCCAGAUAUUGAACAUCUGCAACAACCGGCACCUGGUCCUGCAGACUUCGACGUUGACAUGGGCAUUGCCUUCGACCACGCCGAACCAUCUCCUCCUCGGAUCGUGUCUAAUAACCCCAUUCUGCAAUCCGCGGAACAGCCGACAAAUCGGGACCUGCUCCUCCAAAUUGACACUCUUGGCAGUAAGUUCGAGGCGUUGUUCAAGACUUCGGGCAAUUGCACCAAUGCCCUUCAUGAAGAGAUGGAUUCAAGGUUCACUGCCUUGGAUGACAACUGGGCUGUGAAGUUCGUUGCGAUGGAGGACAAGAUCCGGAGUGUUGAGGAGAGGGUUCGGGAUGUGGAGAUGAAAACCUGCGGCAACGUCGCAUCGAUCGGAUACAUGGCCAACGCACUCAAGGCCAUGAAGAUCCCCCGAUAUUCGAUGUCCUUCGACCCCCCUUCUGCAGGGCCAUCCGUUCAUGGACACCCAUAUGGCCAGAUACCCGGGACAUGGCUUCAGCCCCCUUUUGCAGCCCCUCAACCUUUGGAUCUGAGUAUAUUGGAACUUGGCAAAAAUCUCACCACUGCUUGGGAUUUGUCUGUGGCUCCUCCAGCAACUGCCAAGAAUAUUUCUGCCUCCGCAGGGCAAGGAUCCCUUGAUCACCACAACUUGAGCGGGUGCUCUGACCUAUCUAGUCUCCCAACUGGUGGGUCCCCUCAAAAAUAA